CGCCGACAGGGAUUAUUUUACUUACCUAACUACCCCACCUGGGUCAACCGUGCAUGUAUGUAUAUAUAUAAUGUAUAUAUAUAUAUGUGUGUAUAUAUACUUAGUUAACUCUUCUUAAUCUAUGCUUUAAUUACAGGGGCCCUGCUGGCUCACCACAUACUGCUGGAGGUUCUUAUAAACGUUCUCGGACAGCUAGUCCUUCUAUGCCUCGGUCUUCUUACCCUUAUCCUCAAGAACCUAACGCUAGGUAUGGAAUUCCUCCAUCAACGGGAUAUACCAUUUACCGAGAACCCUAUCCGGGAAGUCACCACCAGGAUUAUCGUGAGUUACGCGACCCUGACUAUCUGCAGGUUAAAAGACGGAUAACAUUAAUACCUGACUACCAUCAGGAAAAAGAAAGGUAUGGAAAUUCCGAAAUCUACGAGUCUAACCAAGAAAAUGCUCAAAUGAUUCAUUUUUCAAACAUUGAACCUACUCACAUAUCUAAUAAGAGACCUCGGCUAGGAGACUUUCGUCCUGACUUGACCCAGCCUCUUAAAAUUGAUACAACUGGUGAAGGAGAGGUUAAAAAGGAGCCUGCUUAUAAUCCUCAAGUGGAAGCCAUAUCUCCCACGUUACCAAACGAUGAAAGCGCUAACCGUGCUUCGAAAGAUUUUCUUCUGCAAGCCAUCAGCAGAGUGGAUAGGGAGAUUUUAAAAGUGGAACAGGAUAUUCUUAAAUUGAAGAAGAGUCAGCAUCAAAUAGAACAAAUUGCAGCAAAGCCACCUGAAGAGAAACCAGCCUCUCCAGAACAUAGUACUGCCGAAACCAAACAUCAGAGUAUAGCACAGCUUAUAUAUUCUGAUAACCGGCGUAAAGCAGAUGAUGCUCACAGCGCUCUAACUAAGCUUGGACCAAAAAUUGAUAUGAAUCUUCCUUUAUCAUUCCAGCCUUUGUACAACCAACCUUCUGAUACAAGCAUGUAUCAUGGGAACAAAUUAAAAUACCAAAUGUUCAAGAAACGGUUAAUCGUACACUUUAAGCUGCGUUUCAAAGAACGCAAGCAGCGAGAACGAUAUCUAACUGACCGUUAUGACCAACUAAUGCAAGCCUGGCUCAAAAAAAUAGAACGUCUGGAAAAUAAUGCGAAACGAAAAUCCAGAGAUUGUAAGAUGCGAGAAUUCUAUGAAAAGGUAUUUCCUGAAAUUAAAAAGGCUCGUGAAGAUAAAGAAAGGUUUGCAAGGUUAAACCAGAGCUGUGGGCAGGUGAAAACCCAACCUGACACUUUACACAGUCGGGUUAGUUCGAGAAGCAGCAUAGGGGGCUACGCCCGCAGUGAAGCUGAAUUGGAACAAAUCAUGGAUGGACUUCAUGAGCAAGAAGAGGAAGACAAGAAGAUGCGGAGCUACGCUGUGGUGCCACCCAUGAUGCUGGAUGCUCGAUCACGGAGUUUAAAGUUUAUCAAUAAUAACGGCUUGAUUGAAGAUCCUAUGGCUGAAUUUAAAGAAAGGCAGCAUUUAAAUAUUUGGACUCAACCAGAAAAAAUGAUUUUCAAAGAAAAAUACCUCCAACAUCCCAAAAAUUUCUGUUUAAUUGCUUCAUUUUUAGAAAGAAAGACUGUUGCUGAUUGUAUAUUGCAUUAUUACUUAACGAAAAAGAAUGAAAAUUUUAAACAGUUAUUACGAAAGCAAGGUGUAAAGAAACGAAGAGCUUUCCCUAAGCCACAGCCAUCUGUGAGUAGACCCUUGGAUGGUGUCAAAGAGGAGACCCCAUCGAAAGAGGAAUCCGAUGACAAUGCCAACAACUCCAACAACAGCAGCUGUGCCGGCAGCAUUAGCAGCAGCAGCAGCAGCAGCAGCAGCAGUACCAGCACCACCACCACCACAACCUCCUCAACUGCCACAACUACAACCACUGCCACCUCAACAACUAGUUCAGCUAGUACAACUAAUAACAGUGUUAAAAAAGAACCUGAUAAGGAAAGUGAAGAACUCUCCGAAAUUACAGAUAUUACAACAGUUUCUGGAUCAACAGAUUCUGAUGCUGGUGGAGGCGUACAUCAAUGCGCAUUGUGUAAAGUUCAACUGGAGAAUUUCAGCAUGAGUCGUCCAAUCUCUUUGACCGAUUGUUCAAUGUAUUCUCUUACUGAAGCAGAGGUGAAGCCUGAUAUGCGAGUUUGUAAUUCAUGUCGUGCCCGCUCUGUUAAACAGUCGCGCUGUGUGCAGUGUCCUGUGCCUACUUGUAAAAUUCCAAAACGGAAAGUAAAACGUCUUUGGCCCCUCUCUGUGAAGUGGUCAGAAAUAGCCACUGAAAUCAAAGAACCAAUACUAAUGGAGAUGCAAAUCUCUGAAGAUAUUUCCCGCUGCUGUUCUGCUUGUUUUAAUAGAAUUGCUCGACAACUCGGUACAAACCCUCAAACCAAUGAGCCAUUAGUUCCUUUAGUACCUGAAAAUAAUGAUGCGAGCCACGUGGUGUCUCUUGAUAUGUUUUCAGAUGGUGUUGAAACGUCAAGAUGGACAGAAGAAGAAAUGGAAGUUGCCAAACAAGGUCUAAGAGAACAUGGUAGAGAUUGGGUUGCUAUUGCCAACCUAGUUGGAACGAAAACGGAGGCCCAGUGUAAGAAUUUCUAUUUCAACUAUAAGCGGAAAUUGAAAUUGGAACUCAUUUUGCAAGAACACCAUAAAGAAAAGCAGUCAGGAAGUACAAGGACGAGAACAACUUCAUUCGCUUCCACAGCAACCCAUUCAGAGGAGGAGGAUGUCUCAACUAGUGGUGAAGAAAACCCUGACGAUGAUUCUGAUACAGCCAGUGCCCCCAGCCCCGCUCCCAUACCACAGCCUCAAGAUCCUGCUCUGAUGAAGCAUCCGGCCGAACAAAAAGACGAAAAGCUUACAGAAGCUGAGAAUCAAGAUAGGACACCUUGUCCUGAUAAUGCAGAAUUGCAACCAGUUCUGGGACAAGACAAUAAUUUAACGAGCAACAAGCCAUUAAGUGAUUCUCAAAGCAGUCUCCGUAGCAUUGCUGAUAACGACAGCAGUGCUACAAUGAGUGCUGAUGAAAGUUCACACCAGGAUCCAGGUGCUCUUCCUAUUUCUACUCCAGCAGCUUCCAUUUCAAGGACUGAUACCCCGACAUUGAUCACUGAGCGACCAAUGUCGAGUAAUAUGGUACCAGUUUCCGUUAGUUACAGCUUACCUGUGGUACAACAUCAAGAGCAAACCCUGUUAAAGGAGCCACGCCCUGCAUCAGAAGGAGUCGAUUUGUCACACAGUCGCGGAUUCUCUCCGUUUCGCUUCUCGUCACAACAGUCACCUCACCGACCUGCAAGCGCUGUGUCCGAACCGGGGCGGUCGGUCAGCUCGCCUCGCCCAAAAUCGGCCGGACCAGCAUCUGUGGAGAAAAUAUUUCCCGGCAGCAGCAGUUACAUAAGCAUACACCAAGAUCAGGAGCAGUUAGUGUUUCGUGAGAGUGGCAAUGUUGGUGUUACGAAUAGUAACCUUCCUGCCAAUUGCAACCAACAGGACACAAAGAAGCAAAAACCAGCCUGUGUGAGGGAUCUCAUUCACUCAGCUAUUGAACGGAACUUAAGCCGUGGAGAGAAUAGUGGUGAUACAAUAAAUAAACCCAUUAUGUCUGAAAACCCUGUGUUGUCCAGGAAAUCGAUGCUCUCUGGACUUGUCCACAACAUGCCUCAGGACUUGCGUAAAGAAAGGCGGCCGGAGCAGGCAUCACCAUAUAUGUUUCCAGACAUAACAGCGUACAGAGGAAUUUCUGCACGGGAAAUGCAUGAUCCAAGAGAGUUACGUGAUUUCGAAGUGCAAGACUUGUCAAGGCGUCCUAUUGAUUACCAUGACAAAACGCAAAAAGCUUACAAAGGAGAUCCUCGUGAUUUUCAAAGGUCUAUAGACUCUCACUUAAGGCCUGAAGAAUCUCAAAGAAAAAAUAUGGGUCUGCCUCCUCCUGCCCAUUCUCAUCAUCUCACUUCAUCUAGCCUCCAUCAGUCACAAGCAGAUGAACCUAUACCACUUAAGUCUCAUAAAACCAUCGUCCCUCGGGUCAAAUCACCCUCAAUAUAUCAUCCUGAGCCUGCACAAACAAUAUCACCAAUCAUCAGAGCUGUGCCACCCGCUUCAAAUUCUCCCUACAAUUCACAUCUUGCUCCCAUGGAGUUUCAAAACAGGAACCAAAUGGGGGCCCGUAUACCACCACCACCACCAUUGAUUAAUUCCAAAAUGUCCCCCAAGCUCCCUAAAUCCCCUCCUGUUAGUUCACAUCUCGUUCCACCUCCCACUGGAUCCAUCACCCACGGGACCCCUGUUAGUCAUCCUGUAACGUCCACCUCGGGUGGCAAUCAUCCCAAUAAUUCAGGUAUACCAUCCCAUCGAAUUGACAUCAGUCACCGGCAGCAGACUCCUCCCCAGGGAUCUAUAACAAGGGGAACUCCACGGAACAGAGAACCUGGGACUGGGAGGGGUACCCCUGUUGGUCAUGAAGCUAGUAUAACCAGAGUUUCUCCAGUGAUAGAUCCCAUAUUGGGCCGGGGAAAUAUCAUGUACGAGCCAGCGAUUAGACGGGCAGUUGUGUAUGAAAAAAUAGCAGAACCUUUUUAUAGCUACCAAGAUUUACUCUCCCCUAUUCGUACUUCCAGGCAAACGAUAAUGAGUGACUUUGUUACUGCUCAACACAUGCCCAGAAGGGGUGCAACUCCUUCAGACAAAGAUGAACGACAAUCUCCCAGAUCCCUGCCAAAUGCUUCAAAGACCUAUAGUUCAAUUACUGAAAGCCAAAGAAUGCCAUCACCUGCAAUACCACCAUAUCUUUCACAGCCAUCGGGUAUCAUUUAUGUACCACAUCAAUCAGGUAUGAAUAUUUCAGUUGCUGAGAGACUCAACCGAAAUUCUCCUCUUCCAUCCCAAAGUACGCCGUCUCCAAGGGAUGACAAAGGUAUUUCUCCUGUACCAACUCCUUGGUCUAAUAAUCCAGCUAAAAUUCCUCUCCUUGGCUCAGCAGCAAAUGUUGCAAUGGAACAAUCACGUUAUCCACCGUCCCCUCCUUCACGGCCCAGUAUCGUUAAAGGUACUGGGUGGCAAAGACCAGACAAUGGAGGGCAUUUACCUGAUAGUACAACAAUGCCACCCAGCAAGGCAGCAUCACCGAGACAUGAUGGGCAUGUCACUAUCGCCUACCCUCAAUCUCUUAACACUCAGACACAUGUUAUUCCCCCCGAGCCACAGCAUCGAGAAACCCCUAUAAAAAUAAUCAAUCCCGAGAUCCCUAAAGAAAGGGACAAAGAAUGGGACAGAGAAUCUCAAGACCGUUUUGAUGUGAAAGAGUAUGAUAAACAUGAAAUAGAGCCGAGGCCAGCACAUGACUUCCAUAAUCGGCAGAUGAUGGUAAACAAAGCUGAACUCGAAAGUAAUAUAGUAGCCCAACCCCCUUGUCAUGACAGACCUGGAUAUUCCACCCCUUCCCGACACGGAACACCGUCCGGUGUCCGGGAGACCGAUCCAAACCGACCCAUACACAUCGAUGUAGAUCGACAGCCAGAUUCAUCCAAGACUCCUGACGCUCAGGACAUUCAGCGGUUUCGAGGCAGCGACACAGAAAUGACGCCACGACCCCACCGGUCACCAGGUACUGGAGACACAUCGUCUAAUUUAUUAAAAGCUCUGAAAAAUAAUGACAACAUUCCUUCGUCCAAUUUUGACUCCGAUGCUGGUGCUGGUUCUAACGACGACAGCUCGCAGUCGCGGACAGUCACAGCCGCUUAUCUGAUUGAUGCCAUCAUCAUCAACCAAAUUCAUCGUGGCAACGAGGAAUUAGAUUCCAAGUCAGGGGAAGAAGCUAAGGCCAUGGUCAGCAGAGUGCCGGAACCGUGGCAGUCCGAGGGUCGGCAACCACCCCCGAGGGAGACCACUUCGCCGGCCGUUAUAAAUCUCGACCAGGCGGCAUCGCCGACGUUUACCAAACGUAAAGGUUAUAGCAAAUACCAACAAGAGAAAGAAGAUUCUGCUGAGAAACCUUAUUACACGUCUCCCCGUGAAUCGCCCGGACCACAAAUGGGAUCUAACCAUGGGCCAAAUGGAGGAACUCAAACCAGUGGAGCUGGUAAUAGUAAUAACAGUAAUAAUAAUAAUAAUAACAAUAAUAACAGUAAUAACAAUAAUAAUAAUAAUAACAAUAACAGUAAUAAUAACAGUAAUAACAAUAAUAACACUGGUAGUAGUAACACCAGCACCAGUAGUGGUUCCCAUACUCCCCAGCCACACCCACACCCUUCACAAGCAACUGGUAAUGGUAGUAGUGGUGGUGGUAGUGGUGGCGGUGGUAGCAGUAAUAACAGUAGUGGCGGUGGUGGUGGUGGUGGUGGUGAAGGAGGAGGCGGUGGUGGUGGUGGUGGUGGUGGUGGUGAAAAAACUGAUAAAGAGCGACCUCCCUCCGGAUCAGGGGGGAGCUCUUCGAAAUCUCCUGGCCCGCCAGGCUCUAACAAAGCCAUCACGCUCGGCGAGCAUAUAGAUGCCAUCAUCACACAGGACUACAGUAACCGUAGACUGGUCUAUUCUAUCCCGACUAAAGGUGGGCUUUUGAGCCAAAUCAACGGUACUAGCAGCAAGUCUCCAUUUUCUAUCCACACCUCUGUGGCCCAGGUUGGCACACUGGCCAAUGUGAUCAACAGCGAGUACGGCCUACCUUCACCAAUGAAGUCGCCGACCAACCAAUCGAAUGUCGUCGUGUCCCAAGCUUCUGAUGCCGCCUACCAACAGGGUGGACCCGAAGUGAUGCGGCUGCACACGAACUACAGUACAGGAGUGCACCAACAGUCGGCACCUGUUGGCUAUAAUUGGAAACUGAAGCGGAUGCACCAACAUCAGGAAGCAGAACAGCAGCAGCAACAGCAGCAGCAGCAGCAACAACAGCAUCAACAGCAGCAGCAGCAUCAACAACAACAGCAGCAGCAGCAUCAACAACAACAGCAGCAGCAGCAGCAACAGCAGCAGGCGGCCGCUUCUAUGAGUGGCUCGCAGCAAGUUGAGAAUGUCGGUCAAAUUCAACGCUUGCUUCAUUCGAAUGCUAGUCCUGAAGAAUACGAAAUCAUACAGGGAGGUGUCAGCUGGAUUCGACCAGACCAUUCGCCGCAGAACCGAACACAGCAUGUCGGUGGAAUCAAAGUUGAACCAAUAUCGCCACCAGGGCCUUCAGUAUCUGAAAGCAAUGAGGCUAUGUCAUCCAAAAUCUCCCCAUCACGUUCUCCUCGGGCACGGCCAACGCCAGUAGUUGCCCAUCAUCAACAUAUUUCAAGUCUUCUCUCUAGGCCUAAAAUUGAAACCUCCCCAGCUGCAGCAGCCAGUGGUGGACAUUCGGGUGACAGCAGCAAGGACGAUGCCUCUAGACCCCACACACCAGCUUCAGCAGCAGCAGCAUCCGCAUCCACGCCAGCCGUCGCCACAAGCAACAUCGCCACCGGUGCUCCAGCCGGACCAAAGCCUGACCACGCCGCCAACAUCACGUCGCACCCUGACUACAGCACCAGUGCAGGAGGAGGAGGAGGCACAAGCCCUGUGCCAAUCUACACACCAGAGCCAGCAAAGUAUUGAGGUGAGACGUCUCUCUCUCUCUCUCUCUCUGUGUCUCUCUCUAUAUCUCUCUCUGUCUGUCUGUCUGUCUUAGAACUCCAUCAGACCUUACGAGGGGUCAACCAGCAAUACAGGGGCAUGACGAGAACCGUUUUCCACGGCCCAACUACCACCAACAUUUUCCCGUUGUUAAAUACUUCGACAGCUGUUACCAUUUUUGAAACCAAGAAACCAUGGAGCGUCUCUGCGGGGGGCGGAGGGAUGGUGAGGGGCACGAUUGGCCCCCUUCACCCCUUCCCACUGUAACUUUUGGUUUUUUUUUUGUUUUUUUUGGUUUUUUUGCUACCAAAACUCCUGAACUUUAAAAAAAAAAAGGGUAAAAAAACAACAACACCUAUGAACCUGACUUGUUUGAUCUACAGCUUCUCAGGGGCAGUUAAUGAACGCAACAGCAGCAGCAGCAGCGGCACCAUGAUUUUUAUGGACCCAAACAGCAAAAUGGUGGUGGGGGGAAUCAGUAUCAAUGAUGAAAACUCCCAAAACAAACCAACCCCAACACGACUCUUACGGAACAAAGAACUCGAUUAGACUCCCAUGAACAUGUAAAGAACUCCGUUGUUUUUUUUUUCUUUUUUUUUUUUUUAUAAAAAAAAACACACACACAGACACACACACACACAUACAAAAUUUUUUUAAAAAAUGCCCCUUCUGCUAAGCGCCGCCUCGAGUUCGGAAGGCUUGCACUUCUCAAUACAACUUUUUCCCCCCCCCUUUAUCGGCUUCAAAAAAGACUGAGAAAAAAAAAUCUUUCUUUUGAGUAAAAAAAA